AUGUCCAAGCUCAGCUCCAGCGCCAAGAGGAUUCAAAAGGAGCUCGCGGAGAUCAGCCUAGACCCGCCCUGCAACUGCUCCGCCGGGCCAAAGGGCGACAACAUUUACGAGUGGGUGUCCACUAUCAUGGGGCCCUCAGGCUCGCCCUACUCUGGCGGCAUCUACUUCCUGGACAUCCACUUCCCGCCAGACUACCCCUUCAAGCCGCCCAAGGUCACCUUCCGCACCCGCAUCUACCACUGCAACAUCAACAGCAAUGGCCAGAUCUGCCUAGACAUCCUCAAAGACCAGUGGAGCCCCGCGCUGACCAUCUCCAAAGUGCUGCUCUCCAUCUGCUCGCUGCUGACAGAUGCCAACCCCAACGACCCGCUGGUAGCUUCCAUCGCGCAGCAGUACCUUGCAGACCGUGAGGGGCACGACAAGACGGCGGCAGAGUGGGCCAAGCGCUAUGCCAGUGCAUGA